CAGGAUCCUCAGUAUUUGGAUCAAGCAGCUCGUGAAAAAUAAGCUUUGUCAGAUCAUUUAUUUCAGCGCGUCAGACAGAUAUUUAAUCAACAUUUAGUCAUGACCCGCUGAAGCCGACUCUUCAUCAGACCUGCAGCAGCUCUUCUCCUCCUCCUCCUCCUCCUCCCCUCCUCUCCUCUUCCAUCCCUGCAUCCUCUCCUCCUCCUCCUCCUCUUUCUGUCCACCAUGCUCCACUUCUCCUCCUCCUCUCCUCUCGUCCUCUUCCUCCUCCUCGCCCUCCUCCUCCUCUCCUCCCCCCUCCUCUCUGCCCCGGCUGCUCCUGCCCCUCCCUCCGUGGCGUCUGGCAGAGCGACGUACCGAGCGUUCGACACCUCCCUCACCCACCUGACCGUCCACCGGAGGACGGGUGAGGUGUUUGUCGGCGCCGUCAACCGAGUUCUGAAGCUGUCGGCCAAUCUGGCACAGGGAGGACCCGUGGAGGACAACGCCAAGUGUUACCCUCCACCCAGCGUCAGGGCCUGCGCUCACCGACUGGAGUCUUCAGACAAUGUGAAUAAGCUCUUACUGGUGGAUUAUCCUGGGAACAGACUGGUGGCCUGCGGGUCGAUCUGGCAGGGCGUCUGUCAGUUUCUCAGACUGGAGGAUCUCUUCAAACUGGGAGAGCCGCAUCACCGCAAGGAGCACUACCUGUCCGGAGCCAGAGAGGCUGAUGGGAUGGCAGGUGUGGUUGUUGGCGAGGACGACUGGACAGCCGACCCCAAGAGGAAGAAGCCGGUGAAGGGUGGCAGCCGCCUGUUCAUCGGCGCCGCCAUCGAUGGGAAGUCGGAGUAUUUCCCCACACUGUCCAGCAGGAAGCUGGUGGCGGACGAGGAGAGCGUCAACAUGUUCUCACUGGUCUACCAGGACGAGUUUGUCUCCUCGCAGAUCAAGAUCCCGUCAGACACACUGUCCCUCUACCCGGCCUUCGACAUCUACUAUGUCUACGGCUUCUCCAGCCGCACAUACGUCUACUUCCUGACGCUGCAGCUAGACACGCAGCUGACGCAGAUGGACGCCGGCGGAGAGAAGUUCUUCACCUCUAAGAUCGUCAGGAUGUGCUCCAACGACACCGAGUUCUACUCCUACGUGGAGUUUCCCCUGGGCUGCACCAAAGACGGCGUCGAGUACCGACUUGUCCAGGCCGCCUACAAGCAGAAACCAGGGCGGCGGCUGGCCCAGGCGCUCGGCCUGUCCGAGGACGACGACGUCCUGUUUGUCGUCUUCUCACAGGGUCAGAAAAAUCGGUCCAACCCACCCAGAGAGACGGUUCUCUGUCUGUUCACCCUCCACGACAUCAACCUGGCCAUGAGAGAGAGGAUCCGCUCCUGUUACCGUGGAGAGGGACGACUCUCGUUACCGUGGUUGCUCAACAAGGAGCUGCCCUGCAUCCACACUCCGCAGCAGAUCGGCGAUGAUUUCUGUGGUCUGGUGCUGAACCAGCCGCUCGGAGGCCUGAGGGUCAUCGAGGGAAACCCGCUGUACGAGGACAGGACGGAGGGCAUGGGUGCCGUGGCGGCCUACACCUACGGAGAACAUACGGUGGUGUUCGUUGGAACCCGGAGUGGACAGCUGAAGAAGAUCCGUGUGGAUGGGAUCCCACCACCGGCCCAGAAUGCUUUGCUGUACGAGACUGUGACGGUGGUGGAAGGGAAGCCGAUCCUGAGAGACAUGGUCUUCAGUCCAGACCAUCAGUACAUCUACCUGCUCAGUGACAGACAGGUGACCAGACUUCCAGUGGAGAGCUGUGAGCAGUACAGCAGCUGCUCAGACUGUCUGGGAUCUGGAGACCCUCACUGUGGAUGGUGUGUCCUCUUCAACAAGUGUUCCACGCAGAGCACAUGUGACAAGUGGGACGAGCCUCAACACUUCAACACCCAACUGGACCAGUGCGUCGACAUCUCCGUUACCCCGAGCAACGUGUCAGUCACCUCCCCGGCAACACAGUUGACCAUUCGGGUGCAGAACGUCCCGGCUCUGUCUGGAGGCGUCUCCUGUGUGUUUGAAGACCUGAGUGAAAGCCCCGGAGAAGUGCUGGCUAAAGGGCAGGUGAUGUGUUUGUCACCGUCACUGAGAGACAUGCCAGCACACGCGCACUCCCAAGGAGAGAAGCGCGUGGUUCAGCUCAGCCUUCGCUCCACAGAGACCGGACAUCAGUUCAUCACCACCAGCUUCAUCUACUACAACUGCUCUGUGCUCAACUCGUGUACUUCCUGUGUCAGCAGUGUGUUUCCAUGUCAUUGGUGUAAAUAUCGUCACGUCUGCACCAACAACCUGCAGGACUGCUCCUUCCAGGAGGGACGAGUCAGCAACAUGGAGGGCUGUCCUCAGAUCCUUCCCACCUCCGACAUCCUGGUCCCGGCCGGGAUGGUUCGUCCGAUCACGUUGCGGGCUCGUAACCUCCCCCAGCCGCAGUCGGGUCAGAAGAACUACGAGUGUGUGUUCAACAUCCAGGGCAAAGUUCAACGUAUCCCCGCCGUCCGCUUCAACUCCUCCUGCAUCCAGUGUCAGAACACCUCGUACUGGUAUGAGGGGGACGAGGCUGGUGAUCUCCCGGUGGAUUUCUCGAUUGUCUGGGACGGAGAUUUCUUCAUCGACAAACCUGCGUCUAUGAAAGCGUUGCUGUAUAAGUGUGAGGCUCAGCGCUCCAGCUGCGGUCAGUGUCUCAAAGCUCCUCCGGCCUUCGAGUGCGGAUGGUGCACAGAAACCAGAAAGUGUCUUCUGCAUCAACACUGUCCCUCACCUGAGCAGAACUGGAUGCACCACGGUCGACACAACCUGCGCUGCAGCCACCCACGCAUCACCAAGAUUGACCCUCUGACUGGACCUCGGGAGGGGGGGACGCGGGUGACGAUCGAGGGGGAGAACCUGGGUCUGCAGGUGAAGGAGAUCGCCCACGUCCAGGUGGCCGGCGUCCGCUGUAACCCCGUCCCCUCGCAGUACAUCAGCGCUGAGAGGAUCGUGUGCGACAUGGCCGAAGCUCUCCUCCCUCACUCUCCAGGCGGUCCUGUGGAGCUCUGUAUCGGCGUCUGCAGCGCCGAGUAUCGAACCCUCUCCACCCAGACCUACUCCUUCGUGAGCCCCAGUUUCAGUCGGGUUCGCCCAGAGAAGGGUCCUGUCUCUGGGGGAACCAGACUGACGGUGACCGGUCGACAUCUGGACGCCGGCAGCACCGUCACCGUUUAUAUCGACAAGGAGGAGUGUCUGUUCGUCAAACGGACCAAUCGGGAAAUAAUCUGCAUAACUCCUGCCUCCCCGUCGGGCUCCGGCCCCGCCCCCAUCCGUCUGAUGAUUGACAGGGCCGAGGUGACGAGCUCGGAGACCAAAUACAUCUACACCGAGGACCCGACCAUCACCAGCAUCGAGCCAAACUGGACCAUCCUCAAUGGCAGUACAGUGAUAACAGUAACAGGAACCAACCUGCUGACCAUCCAGGAGCCAAAAGUCAGAGCCAAGUACGGAGGAGUGGAAACUAAUAAUUUCUGUACCGUAGUCAACGACAGUACAAUGACGUGCUUGGCUCCUGGUCUGGUUUACAGUAAAGCCAGCCCACCAGAGGGGGCGCUGCGCCCCGACGAGUUCGGCUUCAUCUUUGACCAGGUCUCCUCUCUGCUGGUCCUGAACUCCACCCCCUUCACGCACUACCCCAACCCGACCUUUGACCCCCUGGGGAACUCUGGAAUCCUGGAGGUCAAACCGGGGUCACCCAUCAUCCUCAAGGGUAAAAACCUGAUCCCUCCCGCCCCCGGGAACAACCGUCUGAACUACACGGUCCUGAUUGGAGAGUCCCCGUGCCUGUUGACCGUGUCAGAGAACCAGCUGCUCUGCGAUUCGCCAGAUCUCACCGGAGAGCAGCGAGUCAUGAUCCUGGUCGGUGGUCUGGAGUACUCCCCGGGUAUGCUCCAUAUCUACUCCGACAGCGCGCUGACGCUUCCGGCCAUCAUUGGCAUCGGAGCGGGCGGAGGCGUCCUGCUCAUAGCGAUCAUCGCUGUGCUGAUCGCCUACAAGAGGAAGACUCGUGACGCAGACCGGACCCUGAAACGCCUCCAGCUGCAGAUGGACAACCUGGAGAGCCGGGUGGCGCUAGAGUGCAAAGAGGCCUUUGCAGAGCUGCAGACGGACAUCCAGGAACUGACCAACGACAUGGACGGAGUGAAGAUUCCCUUCCUGGAGUAUCGAACCUACACCAUGAGAGUCAUGUUCCCAGGGAUAGAAGAACACCCGGUCCUCAAAGAGCUCGACUCUCCAGCGAACGUGGAGAAAUCUCUGCGUCUCUUCAGUCAGCUGCUGAACAACAAGAUGUUCCUCCUGACCUUCAUCCACACUCUGGAGGCUCAGAGGUCGUUCUCCAUGAGAGACCGAGGGAACGUGGCCUCGCUGCUGAUGGCUGCUCUGCAGGGUCGGAUGGAAUAUGCCACGGUGGUGCUGAAACAGCUGCUGGCCGACCUGAUCGAGAAGAACCUGGAAAACCGAAACCAUCCCAAACUACUGCUGCGGAGGACGGAGUCUGUGGCUGAGAAGAUGCUGACAAACUGGUUCACCUUCCUGCUGCAUCGAUUCCUCAAGGAGUGCGCCGGCGAGCCUCUCUUCAUGCUGUACUGUGCCAUCAAGCAGCAGAUGGAGAAAGGGCCGAUCGACGCCAUCACAGGAGAGGCUCGCUACUCUCUGAGUGAAGACAAACUCAUCAGACAGCAGAUCGACUACAAACAGCUGACUCUGAUGUGUAUCCCUCCGGAGGGCGAGGCGGGGACGGAGGUGCCCGUGAAGGUGCUGAACUGUGACACGGUGACUCAGGUCAAAGACAAACUGCUGGACGCCGUCUACAAAGGAAUCCCGUUCUCCCAGAGACCUCAGGCCGACGACAUGGACCUGGAGUGGCGUCAAGGCCGACUGACGAGGAUCAUCCUGCAGGACGAAGACGUGACAACAAAGAUAGAGAGCGACUGGAAGAGACUGAACACACUGGCACACUACCAGGUGACAGACGGCUCGCUCGUGGCGCUGGUCCAGAAGCAGGUUUCGGCCUACAAUAUCGCCAACUCCUUCACCUUCACCAGAUCACUGAGCAGAUACGAGUCGUUACUCCGAACGUCCAGCAGUCCUGACAGUCUGAGAUCCAGAGCUCCAAUGAUCACCCCGGACCAGGAGACAGGAACUAAACUGUGGCACCUGGUGAAGAAUCACGAGCACAGCGACCAGAGAGAAGGAGACAGAGGCAGCAAGAUGGUUUCUGAAAUCUACCUGACCAGGCUGCUCGCUACCAAGGGGACGCUGCAGAAGUUUGUGGACGACCUGUUUGAGACGGUGUUUAGCACCGCCCACCGCGGCUCUGCGCUCCCAUUGGCUAUCAAGUACAUGUUUGACUUCUUGGACGAGCAGGCCGACAAACGCCAGAUCAGUGACCCAGACGUCCGACACACCUGGAAGAGCAACUGCCUUCCUCUCAGGUUCUGGGUCAACGUCAUUAAAAAUCCUCAGUUUGUGUUCGACAUCCAUAAGAGCAGCAUCACCGACGCCUGUCUGUCGGUCGUCGCUCAGACCUUCAUGGACUCCUGCUCGACGUCCGAACACCGACUCGGCAAAGACUCGCCAUCCAACAAGCUGCUCUACGCUAAAGACAUCCCCAACUACAAGAGCUGGGUGGAGAGGUACUACAGGGAUAUUGCGAAAAUGCCCAGUAUCAGUGAUCAGGACAUGGACGCCUACCUGGUCGAGCAGUCCCGUCUCCACGGCAAUGAGUUCAACACACUGAGCGCGCUCAGUGAGCUCUACUUCUACAUCAACAAGUACAAGGAAGAGAUCCUGACAGCGUUGGACCGGGACGGCUACUGUCGUAAACACAAACUGAGGCACAAACUGGAGCAAGCCAUCAACCUGAUGUCUGGGAGCAGCUGAGAGGAGGGGAAGGACGAAUGGACUGAUGGACUGAUGGACCGAUGGACUGAUGAAUGGAUAGAUGGAUAUGGGGAUGGGGAGGAAGAAUUGAGGAGGGGGAAGUGAGUGCAUUUUGUUUUUCUGAACUGUUUGAACAGUCAGCUGAACUGCUCCGUAUUGGACCGAACUGACUGCCACAGCUCCGGCCCUUUAGCAAUCAAUCCAUCAGUAAUUUAUUUGUCGAUUGAUUGAUUGAUUUGAAGACUGACUAAGUGGCUGGCUGGGACCCCAACUACCUCCGUUCAGUGGGUUCUAGGGCAGAAAAUCAGUUUCCAAACCGAUUUGGAUACAUUAACAACGUGACUUCAGUGUGGAAUGGAGUCAUUUUGGGGCAAAAAACAAACCCUCUAGAUGCAUCUGUCGGUUUGGAUUUGGAUUUAAAUUUACUGCAGGUGUAAGCAGGGAUCAAAGCGAGGGGCCGUGGCUGUGGAAAGACCUGGACACUAGGCUGAAGACUGAGUCAGGUUUCACCAAACAAGGGAUGUGACGUUAGGAUCAAUUGACCUGACUUCAGGAUUCCCAGCCUGAUUUGGAACUGUCUGGACGCUAGGUUGAAGAGCAACAGGUCAAGUCAAGUUUUCGUCAAAGCUACGGCCUUCACCUUAAAAUGCUUUGUCUGGCCUGAAAAAUCAAGAAAUUAAGCCAAUGGUCAGAAAGUCACGGCAAAAUCACAACAGACCUUACCUUACCUGAAAGGCCAAGUCAAGGCAAACCGCAGAAGUUUGAGGCCUCUUACUGAUGUCGUUACUUUGGACUCUUUGUCCCCACAUUGAAAUCCUUAGCCUUGUCUGGAAUGAUCCGGAUUCACUGUAGAAAGAUCAGGUCAAGCUUUAAGGAAUGAAGCAUCAAAGUCACGUCCUCAUUUGGAAUAUCUGACCCAACCUUGAACUUGUUUGCGAAGGACUCGUAAGGUUGUUUCAAGCUUUAAUGAAGGAGAAGGAAGCAAGUAAGAAAUAAGAAUUCAUCUUUGGAGAUAACAGGAAAGAAAUAAGAGGUCACUAUGAGCCAAGACAAUUUGACUUGACCUUGGACUGUUCGGCCAAGCCUCAUCAGGAUCUAGAAGUUUCUAAGUUGCUGUUUUAAAUAACCACUCAAUGUUUUUUCUCUGGACAAUCACUCUGUACCACAGCACACUGAGCCCAAUGCCUAUCGACCGACCAGUACCUGUGUCCAUAAACCUGUCCUUUCCUCCCGCCAUCUUCUUUUCCUUUCCUUCCAUCCUCUCAUCCUCCUCAGCUUUCACCUCCUACUUCUGCUUGACCCGUUUCUUCAUUUCAUCUCCUUCUCUAUCUUCCCUUUUUUUUCCUUGUUUACUUUUCACCCCAGUUUUUAUUCUUCCUCCCCCUCAACCCUGCUACAUCAUUGGUCAGUUAUGCUGGCCACUGGCCAUACUAUUGGCCACGAUGACUCUUUAGUAAUGUACUGCCCGACCAAUCAAGACUGUGGAUUUCACCAGAAUUGUGAACAAUUAAGUAGAAAUGAAUAGAAACAAAUUCAGAAUUACGUUUUGAAUACAUUCCAGCGCAGGCACACAGGCAAGGUCUGUAUAUAAGCAGGUUGACUCGCUGAUUUUUGGAAGUGAAUGACUUCCGAAAGUAGACUGAUCCACAUUUUUCAGGACCAGAACAACCUGGAAAACGGGGUUCUGGAUUCAGCACCAACUUUGACACUGGUUGGUGCAGAUCGCUUUAUCGUCUGACCUUGCACAUACACCCACAUACAGCCAUGCUUUAUAGUGCCACGCUAACCGUGCCCAGGGGGAAAUACUGUGCAGAGCUACAAGCCCAGUGCCAUGUAAAAACCGGACCGGAUCAUGUCAGAACUGGACCGGACUCGGACCAAACCGGGAAUAAAAAACAACCCGGAAUUGAGUUUUAACCGGACCGGAUUCAAGAACUCAUAAGACUUGUGGCCAUAAUUGUAAACAACAAAAAAAGAAAGAUGAUAAUAAUAAUAAUAAUAAUGAUGAUAAAGUAUAAAAGUUAAAAAAGAAUACAAAAAGAAAGGAAAAAAAAGAAAUAUUGAAAUGUUAACAUGUAAUAAGAACUUUGUGGAUUUGACAGUAUGGAUUUUACGGAGCUGAACUUGUAUAAAUGUGAACGUUAAUCUACAUCAGAGUCUGGAGAAAGGGAGAGAGCCAGGAGAUGGAGCGAUGGAUCAGACCGAGACCGAACCAACCCCAUCCUCACACCGUCAGCCCAGACCGGACUUAACAGGAUGGAACUGGACUUAUCUGAACUGAACAAAUCUGUUCUGUUUGGAACCUGAAGGAGCUGGAGCGUUGAGUCUCAGCUCAGUAUGUCAAAGGAGGAAAAACAAACUGGACUCUUUAGUACUUUUUCUGCCAAACUGGGUGUUUGUUUGAACAGAACAAGAGUGUAGUGUGCUGGAUGGAGGGUUGGACUUUUGGUUUGGGUGGUGUGUGGAGGGGUUAAAUUGUUGCAUGUUUGCUUCGGAUGGAGUCUUUGUUUUGAUGAGCUCUUGUACAUCCUAAAGACGAAUGAGGGUGCUUGCACACUGCCGGCUCAGUCUCAGUUCAACAACCUUAACAUUUAAAAAUAUGAUUCUUUUUUCCCAAACUCAGGUGCAGACGGAGGAAUCGUACCUCCUUCCACCUGGAUAAUCCACCAUACCUAACUCAAAAAUUAGCAUCAACCUUGUUUAUGCUGGUAAACAAACGCCCAGACAGACUUUGUACCAACUGUUACUUAAAAAACUGAACCCAGUGUGUAACGCUCAUAAUCCUGUGUAUGAACGAUGGUUAAAUGUCAGGUUGAGAACUCUCUAACAUGGCAAUGCUGCACCCUUCAUCCCCCAAUACACCUCUUUUUUUCUGUGGUGGAACAUUUACACAUUGCACAACUGGAUCAUAUGCCUUGUUCAGAGGUCCAUUUUCGCCCUAACAUUUGUCAAAAUUAAAGUUCGACAAUGCUAUCUGACCCUUUUAAAACAGAAAAACUAGUUUCUGCUCAGUUUUGAGUCCCUAGAGGCUUUUUGAAUUCCACUAACAGCUGUUAGUGAAACUCAUAAUACUCAGCUGACAUUCAGUCCUCAGUUUUUUUCUUUUCGUGCCAAAAACAAACUUCGGGAGCUUUGUCCUCUGGUUUGAAUUUUCAACAGCAGGGCUCCUACAUUCAGUGCUUUGUGGCAGCUGAUGUUGGCUGCGACCGAUUAUCUAUCUGCAGUAAGUUUCAGGUCUCCGCAGGCUGAUUCUCAUACAAAAUAAUGAAACCAAUUCGUACAUUUCCAAGUUUUCUUAGAAACCCGCACAUGUGGAUUAGUAAAACCGUACAUUGAUUGGCGACCGUGCGUGCAGAUCGGGGUUCAAGAUUUUCCUUUGUUGAGGUUGAUGGCAAUAAUUGAAAAAAAAAGACAUCCCCAGACUUGAGUGUUGACGCAUUACCACAUCAUAAGGCCUGUGUCUCCAUGCCUCAUGAGCGUUGAAUUUCCGUUUGAAGGCAGUACCCUGGUGCAAGCAGUUGGGCCACCAGUUUUGUUUUGUUGUUUUUUCAAAUGAAAACUCCUUCACUUUUACUUUCCAGGGAGUCCUGUGUACAUAUUAAAACAAAACCACAAAACCACACCCGGUUCUGUGGGAGGUGCAAACGUACACACAAAACUUUAAAACAUCGACUAGUUUACCCACCUGUAUCCAUGGUUUACCAAUCUCUAUGUAUUUCCACACGGAGAAAACCAUCAGCCCUUUAGGACUCUGGAGAAAAGGCGGUGUGUUGUCUGGAAAUGUUCUACCACAGUUGAAGCGUCUCUCUACUGGCUCUGUGCGAUGCCAUAAAGCUAUAAAGCACCUUUUUUCUUUCUUGAUGUUGUUUCACUGUCAUUUGAAUCUAUGGGGCCAAAAGGACCCGAGUGAGGAAGCAGAGGAGAGGGAGGAAGGGUCCUGAUAUAAGACUGCCUUUUAGAUGAUUAAUUAUAGAACAGGGAGGGAAGCCACUACCAUACCAAUACCACUGUUCAUCCAACCAGUGUGUCUGUGUGUGUUAUCCUCUCACUGCUGCUGCUACUGCAGAGGAAACUCAACCGUUAAACCACUGAUCGUAUCUGCAGCUCAAUUAAAAAUCUUUUUCUUUACAGUUGCGCCGUUUAAAUCGCCUGAUCGGUAUCUUUAACACUUUUGAAAUAUCAGAUUAGAUCUUUGGUCUCCUUUUUUUUUUUAGUACAAAUCUUUGAUCGCCCUGUAAAACUCAAAGUCAUCAAAGGAGAUAAACUGAGUAAAAGUGUUCUCGUUGCCGCUUUGAUUGGAAUUUACCUUUCAAUCGGGGUGAUGAGAUGACAGGUUAGGGGAGGAAAGGGGAUUCUGUCAGCACGCUAAAGGGUGAGGAGGAGAAAUGAACAAAUCCUGUAGAGGAAUGUAAAAGAAGGGAAAGGGAUGAUGCAGAGACGAUGUAAAGGAGGAGGACAACCCAGCUGCAUGCUGAAGAGUGAGGAAGAGGAGUGAAAAAAGGAGGAGGAAGAGGUGAAAUUACAAACCCACUGCAGAGAGGAGGAGGAAGAAGGAAGAGGAGGAGGUUCUGUCGUGCCAAAAGAUGAAGAAGAGAAGGAAAACCCGAUGUUCUUCAAAUACAGAGAGUAGAAAUAAAUAUUAGAGUAGAACACAGCAGGAUCAGGAUUAAAAAGAAGAGGUCAGGUUCCCUCUUUGUAUGCUAAAGUGAGCGGAAGCCGGAUGAAGAGGGGUGUGGAAGGAGAUGCUGUUGGAAUACUGAAAGCAGGAGAGAGGGGGAAUACUGAUCAAGGAGAAAAAGACGGAGACCACGUCAUCCAUCAAACCGGCUGAGGAAGGAAAGGUCUCUGAGAGGAGAAGGAGAAAAUGCUCCCAGUGCAGAGAUGACUUAUAGGUCAGAAAGAAACCAUUUUAAGCUGGUGUAAAGUAAUAAACCAGCAUGAUGAUCUUGGACAAAGUAACGGCACAUGAAGACAAAAAAAAUACCUGCUAUUUUACCUACGAUGCCUGAGCGAAGAAAAUGUUUUGGUUCCCCCUGAUAUCCAUCCUGGGUGGUCCUGGAUCAGGACUAAUAGAAAGCUUGAGUAAAAUGAAAGAGGGGAGCAGAAAACAGAAAGGAGAAGAAAAGGAGGAUGGAUGAGGAGAGGGAGAAAAUGGAAACCAUAGUAAUAGAGUUUAAAUUUGGCUCGAACAAAUUGAUUUCUGGAUGGUUUUACACUGUGGUAGCAAGCAGCGCGUGUGUGUGUGUGUGUGUGUGUUUGAGUGGUUGUUUCAGUCUUGUUUCCACACACACGCAUUUUACCAUCAUAUCCAUCUUCUGAACACACACACAGCUGGGAGGAGGUAACAGGGGCUGAAGAGGCCGAUGGGAGGGCCUGGUCCUGGAACAGCAAACAAAACAAACACUGAUUGGAUUGAUGCCUUGUUUUAGCUGCCGUAUCCAUCCAUCUGCCCACACACACACACACACACACACACACACACACACAGAUGGCUCAGAGUUUUUAACAUUCUCCAGCGGUGAGAUAUUUAUUGAUUAUUUUUGACUUUCUUUUUUCUUUUAAUUUAUUUUUUAUGAUGAGUUAUAUUUAUUGUGGGAGGAUGUACACAAUUUUAUUAGCUUGUACAGCGUUAAAGAGAGAGAAGAGCUCAACAUCAGACUUUGACUGCACACACACACAUUUUUUACACACAAUCCAUGUCAUAACAUACCCAUGUGCAGGCUUGGAAACAACCAUUUACCAUCAGAAACUGAAAAAUUUUUGGUCACAUUUGUCUCAGUUCUCUUCCAAACAUGAAAUUUGGCUGUGUCAAAAUUUGUUCUCCAAUAUAGCUGUUGUACCAAAGCGUACAAGUGUGUUUUUUCUUUUUUAUUGAUCGGUUCUCGCUUGGAAUACUGAAACAUUUUACUUAAAUCCCCAUUAAAAUCUGUAGACUAAUCUUAAAUGGAGCUGUAAUCUCAGCAGAGUUGAGGUUACGGUUGGAUUUCCCGUCCUGUGCGUGUUCAAAUCCAUCGAUUUGUCCGAUAACUGAGGAGUCAGUGGCCAGAUCGAUCGAUUUAAUUGAUUAGAAUCAUCCAUCAGACCCAACUUCACUGACACAAGAAACAGUCAGAGCAGUCGUGCAAAUGUUUUGACUCCUCUGACUCUUAAUACAGACCAUGUUUUCCAGGAGUCGGAGGGGGCAGGAACAGACUCAGCAGGGAAACGGGGCUCUGGCCCAGCUGAAAAUCAAGGGGGCUCAAAUCAAGAUUUUUUUUUUCUAAUCCCUAAUUGGAAAUAAACAGAAAUUGAUUUAAUGUGAAUAUAGCAACCAGAAUACUCCCUCAAUGGAUAUAAUUUGGGAUUUUUUUUUUUUUUUGGUAAAAAAUUUAGACUUUUACGAUUUACAAUUAUAAUCAAGUCACACUGCUCUCCUAGUGGAAAUUAAUCGAUCCCCUAUUGAUUUCCUGAGAAAUUAAAAAAGUUCUAUGGGAGUUGACUGACCACCUCCUCCUUAAGCCCCUCCCACCCCUGCUGACUUCUGACUGAUGAUUGGUUUACUGACAGACAAGUUGAGCCGACAGCGAAUCCCAUUGGGCUUCAUUGUACCAUAGCAACAGCAAAUCACUGGACUCCCCACUGAGCUUGAACGGGGAGUCAGAUGUCUUUAUUGUACCAUAGUAUGAUUAUUAUUACUAUGAUUAUAAUUCUUAUUAUUCUGAGCAGGUGCUUCUCAGCUGCUGCAGGAUCAGGAUCCACCACGUUCGAAUUAACUUUAACUGUAAGCACUUUUCUGAACAAAGUCCUGGAUUUCAAACGCACCGCCAAAAUCCCAGAUCUCACUAAGUUGUUCCCUGUUUGGGUCCUUGAGCCGCGGGUUGAGAAGCACCACUCACACUGGAUCUUGUGUCUUAGUUCAGGAUGGGAUUGUUCAUUCAGGCGGCGUUUCAGGUGCUUCAGCUGUCGGAUUGCGAGGCUUCAUGAUGGGUUGUAGACGCGAAUGAUGAGUCCGCUGCGAUUCAACAAACCGAUGUCAUGUACUUCAAUAAAGGGCCUGUGAGGGUCGAUAUUUAAUGAAUGGUUUCAUAGAGUCCCCUACCAAUCAAAAGGAGUAAACGGGAUCCUUCGGGGUCCUCAAGCCUCUAGCUUCUACAAUCGCUCGAGCUGUUAAGAGGUCCAGUAUUUGGGAUCAGAUCCGAAAACUGACCUGUGUAACACCUACCUUAACCCACUGGACAUAAAUUAAUUUUCCAAUAGGAAGAGACACCCGAUCCGAAAAGGUCCUGAGGACAGUCCGUACUGAUCCGAUCAGACCCAAGGGUAAUUGGACUCGAUCAACGGGAUGACACAUGAUACUCAGGAAUCCGACAUGUUGACUCACAGACGUGAGACAUACAGCAAAACCAGACCUGAUUAGACUGGAUAUAUGUAAUUUUGAUCCAGCCCACCUUGGGUAUAGAGUCCUUAAGACCUCUUUUCCAUUUUAAACACUCAAAUGCUUGACUCUUGUUAUAUAUUUAUUAUUUACACCACAGAGGUCCUGCAUCUAAUAGAUCCCAUUGAACGGGAAUGUUGACAGAGCUACAUUCAAGAAGUAUUUAGAAAUAUGGAAAGUACUGAACAGUUAAUCCAGACAAACAUCCAGUGUCUGGCAGCAGCAGUUGGGAACAAAAUGCUGCAGCACAGCUGCUUAACUGAUCCACAAUUCAUCCAGAAUUUCUUGAUUUAUCCAACAAUCAGCCGAAUUCAGAUCAUAUGUGAUGAAUGGUUGAGAUGAAAACAUUUAAAAGAAAAAACCAAAGAGUCCAUCACUUGAACUCUCUGUAUUAACACAAUGUUUCAGUCCUGAGACCUUUAUCAGGCAAAAACCAUUUGUUUUUAUGAAUUUGUUCCAAACUUUCGGAAAAAUAGUCAUUGUAAUUUGGAUGUUGAUGUGAACGCCACUUAAAGUCGAAAACUGUGCAUUUUGAUGACGCCCAUUUGACAUUAAUGUGGUAUAAACCACACAUCAACCGAAUGUGGAACUCCCCGAUCUGACGUUUCUUUCAGCGGUGCUCUCUGGGAUUCGUAGCUGACUUCCAUUGUCUGCGGGGAAAUUGUUCGGCUGGUUACUGCAGGAAUCCGGGACGCCACAGGUCCUCUCUGCAUCGGGUUGUCUUUAAAUUCUUCUUUACUUUUUAAAUUCCCAGCAGUUCAUUAAACACUUCACUAAUCGAAACACUUGAAACACACAUUUAACACGACAGUCUGUUACCGAGUUACUGUUGUUUGUCAAUCGCUGACCUGAUUCUAGUGACCUCACAGCGCUCAUAUCCUCCCAGUCCACUAGCGAAGCCUCGCGAUCUGCCGUCUGCCGCUCCACAGCGCCGCCGUUCAUUCACUCUGCCUGGAAAAACAGUUUUUGUUCACUGAAAACACAUGUCGCCUUGAUGCAGUCCUUUCCAGGAUGUAGUCAGGGCCCAUUUUUUUGAUACCAUUUGCCAUUGCCUUCUUUUUGUUUUUUAUUUUUGCUGAGUUAAAAUGUAAUGAUGAUGAUGAUGAUGAUGAAUCUUCUUCAUGUAAUAGCCUGUGUCAGUUUUUAUACCAUUGCCAUUGCCUUCUGCUGAGUUUGUAUAUUUGUGUGAUUUCACUAAAGUGUAAUGGAAAAGUUGGAAAAGUUUGAUUGUGUUUUUACUCAUUAGUUUGUUACUGUUCAGUUCAAUUGAGUAAGAGCAUAUCAUCAAAUAUCAUAUAUAGAAGUGU